CAGUGAAGCAGUGACUUAUAGAGAGGCAGAAUUCAUUUUUUUUAUUUAUUUAUUUUAUUUUUUUAAAAGUUUCAGCUGCUGUGUUUGUCCUCGGCUCGUCCACCGGGUCACUGUCAUGGCUCUAGCAUUAUUGUGGGGCCUCGCUCUGUGGAUUCCUAGUGUCACAUCCUUUUGUAACGUCACCUGCUCGACGGACUAUGACGUUUCGCUGAAUUGCUCGUGUUCAGGCUCCGUGCCGACAUAUCCUGUCCGACUCCACGUCAGCUGCAGUAAUGAGGAGGAGGAGGUUAACAGCAGCUGUGAGGUCACACUGCCUCAGUCCUGGUGCGCCAUGCACAUAGACAACCUGUACGACGUUGCAUCCGUCGAGACCAUGUGCAGAGCCACGGCCAGUCAAAGCGACGGAGUAACAGUGACGAGCAGUGAGCCAUCCAUCUGGGCUCUGAGUGAUGUGGUGAAACCUCAGCCUCCUUCCAACGUGCAGGUGACACUCAGUGACGAGUUGUACAACAUCAGCUGGUCGAGCAACAACCCCAAUGACUGUGUCACGUACAGGCUGCGUGUGAGAGAGAGCAGAGACCUGUUCAAUGAUUCACUUUAUUCCCUCUGCAUGGAAACAACGUUCAUCCAGUUACACUAUAGCAAACUCCAGCCACAUGUCGACUACACUGUGGAUGUUCAGGCCAAAAUGUGUCCUGGGAAUAUUUACCAGGGUCCGUGGAGUGAGUGGAGCGAGACUGUGGAGUGGAGAACAGGCACUUCUGUGGUUGUUGGAGGAACGAUUAGAUAUGAGUGGAUCAUCUCUCUGGCGGUGCUUCUCAUCAUCCUCUUCCUGUUGCUGUUUUGUUGUAAACAUCAGUUUUGGCUAAAACGACUGCAUGUGGUCGCAUUCAUCCCCAGACCAAAUGUGUUCUUCGAGUCGCUCUACCAAGACUACAACGGGAACUUCAAGGAAUGGGUGAAGCCUGUGUUUAGUGAGGACGAUUAUUACACACAGUCUUGUGUUCACGCGACGAGCGAAAAGCAGCACGACAUUCUUCAGUGGAGAGACGAGAAGAAAAGCUGCAGAGAGGACGGCGAGACGACGGAGGACGGCCCGUUCCUCUCUGCGCUGCAGCCUCACAGCGGCCUGCGGCUGCCGCCCUUCCGGGACGAAGGCGGUUCCCAGGGAACGGGCCACUCGGUGGGACAUGUCUCCAUCCACACUGUCACCCUGUCUGGGGAGGAGUUUGAGGAGGAGGAAGUGAUGUCACAGAGCUCCCUCACAAGUUACCAAGCUGGAGAAAGCUUUGGUUCAUUUGAAGAGGACAGCGGAGAGCUUGGCGUGGACACGUCUCAGUUGGAGAGACAGAGUUUGUUGUUACCACAACAUGAAAACCACAUCCCCGAUGAUCCAGAGCUUCAUGAGCCGGAGAGACUGUCCCUGGACUCGUUUGCCUCAAACGGGCAGUCAGAGGACGGCUACCCUCAUGUGGACUUGGACACCAUAGACAGUGGGUUUGUGGAGUGCAGCAGCCCCGGAGCCUCAGACUCAGACACAGCAGAGCACACACAUGCUGAUUUAUUUCAGGAGCACAAAAUCUCCAAUUCUAACUAUGUCAAGCAGUGGAUGAUAUGUAACACUAUUCAGGAGGACGUCAGCAAUAACCUGGACAAUCAGCUGUGUGGAGCACAGUCGUCAUCGUAGCUGACUUACUGUCACAGCAGGAGAUACUGUCUGAAAUGUUAAGCUGUGCACUUUAUUCUUUGUACUGUAUAUCAUUCAUUGGUUUACAACAUUACACUUUUGUGGCUUUUUUGUGCUCAAAGGUGUCUUUUUAUAGACCUUCUUUUUGGCAGAGACAGUUCUGGGAGACGUUUUUUUCAGUUUCAGCAGACACAUGACAUCGCUUCUAGAAAACAAGCAUCAUGUGUUCACUCGGGGGUCCGUUUAACAGCACUUUAAGCAAAAGGCUUCAAUGGACAGGAACUGUUUGAUCGUCAGCCGCAAAUAAGACGGGAAUGUGGAUGCAAUGUGCUGCACAAACUCCAAGGGAUAAGGAACCUGUGGCUCUGUGGCCAAACGCCGCACAUUUCAAGGUUCAAGGUUCAAGGUUUCCUUAUUGGCCUCAACUGCUGGGUACGUGUCCACAGUGAGACGAGGCCACGCCUCCCCGUGGCCACAGUGCAACAUAUGGUGACGUAUCAUAUCAAAGCAAUACCAUAAUAGACAAUAUAAUAACAGAACAAUAAAGACGAUGCAAUAAAGAAGCCACCAAAGCGUGACUAUAUACAGUAUGUCUGUUUGUUUGAGAACAUGAUGAAGUGUCUAUGACGAUGAAACGCCGUCAAACGUCUACGUUUGCGUUAGUGUCAUUAAAAACCAGGUUAUAUUGUGGACUUUCAAUUCAAUAAUUAAACAUAUCCUGGUGCUGUGUGAGGUCACUUCCUGCUGCCAUGUCCAUUUGUUAUCCAAGGUUACAAGUGUUUGCAGAAAGCUGUGUUCACGGCGACGUGGAGGAAACACACAUGAACAGGAAGUCAGACCCUUAGUUACUUCUGCAUUCCAAAAUAAGAUGUGUCAAUGGUUCGGACAAAUCUAUCUAACAGCGGUCGGCAAGUUCGCUUGAUAAUCAAUCAAUAUUCAAUAAAACGGAACAUCUUCAUCAUCGUAAACUGUUUUUCUUUUAAUCUAAAAUAUUCAACAUUGUACAAAAACGGCCCAUUUUAGAGAAGUGUUGCUUUGUAAAAGGAAACUUGAAUUUGCCACAGAAUGUAAUAAGGACAUGUUUAUAUUUUGUGUAAGAUGUUUUAUUUUUCUUAGUUGUUUUUGCAGUAAGGGCGGUGGUUAAUUUUCCUUAAAUGAAUUAUUUGCAAUCAUUUGCAGGUUUCCUGUUGUCUGUUUUGAAUUUGUGUGGCUUUUUAUCUUUCUGCUUCCACGUCAUCUAUGUUUGUACAUUUUACAUCAUGAGAAUGUGUUGAACGCUGCACAGUGCAAGAAAAAAAGAAAAGAUGACAUGAUGAUGAAUAAAAUCCUUUUCAGGUUCAGGUAACACAUAAAAUCAACCGUCA